UAUUUGUUAAUCCGUUACUGCAAGGCAUGUUUGAAGAAAGUUAAAACCAAAUUUAUGAUAAAUGAAUUAAUAAAUAUGUGUUGUGAGGGCUCAUGUGUUUUUGAGCAAGCCCGUCUUUAUUGUAAUCAACAAGAAAAAAUUUCUAGUCAGAAGUUAUGAGAAGAAGUAAACAAGGAAAAUAAAAAUUUAGUAGCCUAUACCUAGUUUGUUAAUUGUCAUUAUUGAAGAUUUUUAAACAUGUCACGGAAAAUGUUUGUAUAUGAAUUACCAUAUUCUGUUAGAAAGCCCUUGUGUAGGAUCUUGGAUGCCGGUGACAAGUGGGAAGAGUUAGGUGGUGAACAUAUGGGAUUUGAUUACACGUACCUUCAAUAUAUCCGCAGAAAAGAUUCACCCACAGAUGAGCUAUUGACUUCAUGGGGAAAUCAAAACCAUUCUGUGGAUGACCUUUUUGUUUUGCUUUCAAAAAUGCAGCACUAUCGUGCCAUGAGUUUAUUUAAAGAUCUUGUUCAAGAGCAGUACCACCAUCUCUUAAAGGAAGGAGAGGAACUGAUGAAUCACCAUCAAGCAAAUAAAGCUGUUGAUAAUAGACCUAGUCUUAGACAGAAUAGCAUUAAUACACCAGAAACUUCACAGGGAGCUGCAAGACAGUCUCGUGACCCAGUUCUUCCACAAACUUUUGAGGAUAACAAAGAUCUUGGAUUAGAUAUGGGUAAUUUGAAUUUGGGCCCUGACAGUCCUGUGAAUAAGAUCAAUAGAAAGGCGUUAAAUGAAGUCAAAAAACAAAAUACCCCCAAUCCAAGGAGAAGCCCAAAUGUAAAUCAGAAUCUUAAUGCUCAUCUUGUACCAAAUGAUCAAAGUCAGACAGACCAUAACCUCAACAAUAAUCCACAACCCGAUAAGCCUACACAAGAAAGGAAACUUUCCAAUGUGUCUGUGACAAGCUCAGUAAUGGAAAGCCUCACUCCGUGUAUCAGCUAUGAAGAGCUUGAAGUAGCAACCAAUGGCUGGAACACAAAUUGCAUAUUAGGUAAAGGUGGUUUUGGCACCGUCUAUAAGGGUACCUGGAAAAACACAUUAGUUGCAAUUAAAAAGUUGGAGACACAGAGGGAUCACCAAAUUCCAAGCUCAGAUUUGAACUCCAGUCAAAUACAGUCCAUGCGUGAACUGAGAUAUUUGAACUCCCAUCGGCAUGACAACAUCUUAUCUCUGUAUGGAUAUUGUGUUACAGACAGCGUCUGUUGUUUGGUCUACCAGUAUAUGGCUAAUGGUUCUCUUGAAGACCGUCUCCUCUGCAGGAAAAACACAAGGCCACUAAAUUGGGCUCAGCGUCUCAACAUCAUGACAGGAACUGCUAGAGGUAUACAGUUUCUACAUUCUCUGGGACAAAAGCCUCUGGUUCAUGGAGAUAUCAAAAGUGCAAACAUUCUGCUGGACAACAACUUUGAGCCCAGACUAGGAGACUUUGGCCUGGCCCGAGAAGGUCCACUGCAGCAGUACACUCAUGUCAAAGUGAGCAGAGUCCAUGGGACAAGACCGUACUUACCUGAUGAGUUCCUGAGGGCUAAGCAGUUCUCUGUAAAAGUUGACACUUACAGUUUUGGAGUGGUUCUAUUUGAAGUUGCCACUGGAUUACGGGCAUAUGAUGAAAACAGGAAAGAAAAAUUUUUGAAGGACCACAUAGUAUCAUACUCAGGAGAGUUGUGCAGUCUAGCAGACCCCCAAGCGGGACUAGACUAUUGUUCGUCAGCAGCAGGGCUACUUACUGUGGGCCGCAGCUGCGUUGUAACGCGACCAAAGGACAGGCCUGACAUGAAAGUUGUUCUCAAUGAUGUUGAUAUACUCUAUACCAAUUACAAAGAUGCAGAACGUGUUACAAGUUUGGUUCGACAAUGCAGUCCAACUCUCAUCAACCCACUGCAAUUACAAGUAAUGCACGAUGAGCGGAGAAACAGGACUCUGCAAGGAUCACCACAACCAAUUUCAAUACCGUUCCCAUUCCCCAAUCAAGCUCAGUUCUUGUCUCCUGAAGAUCAACGUUUUGCUCAGGGAAUUGGUCCAGUGGAAGUGAUACCUGUGGCAGGGAUGCCACAUCCAGUCAUAAUUCACCAUCCACCCCUCACUGUGACAGUACACCCUCCCUCUGGGCCUGCUCCUUCAUCACCUUCUCAUAGCGAUAAAGCAUUUGAACUUCCUUCAAUGCAGGACACAAGCUACCGUCCUCUGGUCACCUUGUUGGAUUUCAAAGAGGAACGUGGAGAACCUCAUACUCCUCAGGCAAGUGAGACACCUGCAGUGAACAGUGUACAGGCUACUGCUGUAUCUGAUGGCUCAGUUCCAGUCCCUGUCAGUGUACAGGCCACUGAGACGUCCACAGUCAGCCAACCUGCCACAACCGAUGCCUCCUCAGACUUUACUGUGAGCCUGCCAGGUGAGGACAGUGCUUACUUACCCAUGAUUCCAGACCUGCUUGGCAUCACAACUUCUAAGAGCUAGCCUUACUUCUCAUUCACACUUCUUUUUAGGUCUUAACAACAAUCAGCACACUAACAACUUUUUAUUAUUAAGGACUGGAUGAAUUUAACAUUUAAUUUACCUUGAACUGAUUAUUUGUGUAAUUUGCUGUGAUUUAAGUCGUAAUUUGUAAUUUAGGUAUGAAAUAAAGUUUAAUGUUAUUGCAUAAAAUUCUGUAAAAAGCUAUAUAAAGACGUGUUUACACUGGAACAUCUUACACAUGUAUGAGAAUUUGUCUUGUGUACCAACACUGUCACAUAUAUUUAGUGCUUCACAAGCACAAGUAGUCAACAACAGCUGUGAAGAACCGUUUUAAGAUUUGAGUGUCCUACGCGUAAUAAAAACAGUUUUGUUCGCUAGCUCUCCCCUUCCACUUUCACAGAUAACCAUUUGCAAUCCUCAAUACAAAUCUUGUUCUUGUUCAAUAUAGAUAAAACAAGGUUGAAUACAGAUUCAAAUUAUUUAAAAAACAAAUCGGUACAUCGUUACUCCUUUACCAUUGAAAUUCAUAGUCUUUAUACAAUUUUACAAUUUUUUAGUAAGUCACGAUGGCAAUUGAUAUGGUUAUAAAUUUAUUAGAUUAUACUUUCUAUCCUUUAAACACUUCCAGAAUAUUUAAAUACAAUAUCAUUAAUCAUACUCAGUUUACCUGUAUUUGAUUUAAGGAUGGUCGGAUUGGGUAUUCGUACAUUGAAACAGAUGAGGUUUUGUUUCUAGCAGAGCUGAAUUUUAACUGGAUCCAGUGUUACUCAAUUAUAAUUUUACGUUGGUGAAACCCGGGUUGAACAAGGUUAAAUAAAAUUAUUAGUGAUUAAUACACCAAAUAAGUUUUAACAGAAAACUUUAUUUAAAAAUACAUAAAGGAAUUCGAUGCAGUUUAUCACAAGAACUGAACAAACUGGCAGGUGAGCAGUGGUGCGUAGCCAAAAGUUGGUGUUAGAAAAUGGGAUAAGUAGAAGAAACUAGUUGUUGAGUUCACAUUAAAAAAUGUAUUGGUACUCCACUUCAAACAUUAUUCCCCUUUUUAAAUUCUAACUUAUUAUAAUUUUAGAAAUAGUGAUAUUUAAGUAAACACCUCUUUAUGUGAAAAUCUGUAAACAAUUAGUUUUUAAUUAUAACAGUUUUUAAGUGAAAAAUGUUAAUAUUUAAGUGUAAUUUUUAAUUUUUAAAGGUUAUAAAUAUAUGUUAAUAAGUUUAAGGUAUAUAACAAAUACAUCAUGUGAUAUUGUGCAUGUUUUUGUGCGUGAAUAAACAUUAAAAUUUUCAUUCUAA